CAUGCAGCUCUAUCCCACCCUCCUCCUCUGUCACUUAUUGAUGCCUUUCUUAUGGAUGGAUGGGAGUCAUGCCCUGCUGUUUGUGCCUAGGACCAUGCCUUCGCUCUUCCGAAGAUGGGCAUAUUGUCGUCGAAGACCCUGCUGAAACAUUGGCAAUGGCUGAAAACAAAAACCCAGACUCCAAUGGGACAAGUGAAACCGGGUCUGUCUCUAAUGAGAUUGGAGAGUUAGAAGAAGCCUUCCGAAAAUUUGCAGUUCAUGGGGACACCCGAGCAACAGGAAGAGAAUUGAAUGGGAAGAACUGGUCAAAACUUUGCAAAGAUUGUGGCAUUAUUGACGGAAAAAAUAUCACUAUAACAGAUGUAGACAUUGUCUUCUCCAAAGUAAAGAACAAAUCUGGUCGAACAAUCACAUUUGAACAGUUCAAGGAAGCCCUACAAGAACUUGCAGAAAAGCGCUUUAAAGAAAAAACUGGAGAAGAAGCUGUACAGCAGGUUUAUAAGAUGAUUGAAGGAAAAGGACCUGUUGUAUCUGGAAUAACGGUUGCAGUGGAUUCUCCUACUGUAUCCCGGCUGACCGAUACCAGCAAGUUCACAGGUUCCCAUAAAGAGCGAUUUGAUGAGAGUGGCAAAGGAAAAGGCAAAGCUGGCCGUGUGGAAAUAGUAGAUGACUCUGGUUAUGUAUCUGGGUAUAAACAUGCUGGUACAUAUGAACAAAAGGUAAAAGGAAGAUCAAAAUAAAUGUAAAGUAGAGUAAAAAUGAUACCGAAAGAGAGAAGUCAGUAAGCUGUGUAUGCUCCAGAAAGCAAGACAGUUCUACACUGGAGCCUCAUUCAGAAAUGAACUGGAAUCAUUAGCUCAUCCCUCUGAAGAGACCCUUCCAGACAGGAUAUUCUGCAAGCCUGGCAUUUGUGCGCAAGUUACUUGGAUGACAGAACACCUGAGUUUGGUCUUCAUUUGCCUGCAUUUGCAUUCUCCUUCUACUUCAACUGUGUGCUAGUGCGCCAAUAAAUAUACAUUUAAAUUAUAAAAUAAACUGUGGUGGGCCACAGUCGCAAGUUGCCAAAAACAUAACUUUAGCAACAUUUUAGAUACUGGGGUGUAGUAAGCUGGGAAAGGUUUAUGAAAACUGAAAUGUUUUGUUAACAGCUGUUAGGUGUCAUCUUUGAACUGGAUUUUACAAAAAUAAUGUUGUGAACAGUAAUAGCUGCAGCUUUGCCAAAGCACUGAUUAGUAUAUAAUUCUAUGCGAUUUGAUAGAUAUUAAACUAAACAUUUAUGGUUUAAUCUCUGUUUAAAGACCCACAGAUAAAAACUAUAAUACCUACUAAUGUCACUGUAUUGCUGAGGACUCUGUGUUUCCAAAAAAAAAUCAGGUACUUUGUUUUUUUUUAAUUUGUUUUAGUUAUAGUCCCUGCUGUCUUAUAUUCCCCAAAACUUAGAAUAUAAAGAUUUAAACAGUCA